AGGGGUGUGUAUAUGCUGCCUGCAGAAUUUUAAUGUUCCAGCUAACCAGUUUGGGUCACUUCUAGAAGAAUGGGAGACCGUGAAAAUAAUUUCCCUCCAUUGCCGAAGUUCAUCCGUCUGCGUCCCUGCUUCUACCAGAAUUUUGAGGAUGAAAUCCCUUCACAGCACAGGACGUUGGUACGGAGGAUCUACCAUUUGUGGAUAUUUUAUUGCCUGUCCCUUACAGUAAAUCUGGUUGCAUGCCUCGCUUGGUGGAUUGCAGGAGGCUCUGGGGUGAAUUUUGGAUUGGCUUUGCUGUGGCUAGUCAUGUUUAGUCCUUGUGGAUAUGUGUGUUGGUUUCGUCCAGCAUACAAAGCUUUCAGGUCUGACAGCUCAUUCAACUUCAUGGCUUUCUUUUUCAUAUGUGGGGUGCAGUUUGUCCUGUCUGUCAUCCAGGCCAUUGGUAUUUCCGGAUGGGGUGCCUGUUGCUGGCUGGCUGCAGUGACGUUUUUUAGCUCCAACGUGGGGGCUGCCAUAGUGAUGCUGUUCCCAGCUGUGAUGUUUACCGUCAGUGCCAUUGCAACUGCUCUAGCAUUGGUCAAGGUGCACAGGCUGUACAGAAGUGCUGGUUGUAGUUUCCAGAAAGCCCAAGAUGAGUGGCACUCUGGGACAUGGAAGAAUCCAACUACCCAUGAGGAACAGUACUCCGGUAUUUCUGGGCCCAGUCUACCGCAGUAUCCUACUGUGCCAAACUAUCCUGCAGGAGGACAGUGGCCGUAAACUUUCUCUGCAUUUUAUAGCUUUUCGGU